UUCUGUCUUUCUUCAGUUCUUGUCUUUAGUUAUGGUCGUACGCUAACAUAUAUUCAGUAUAUUUAAUUACCCAGCUGCACAUCGAUUACAGCAAUGGAUCAAUCUCUUGAACUUAGUAUUUUAAAAAUUAAAGAUGAAAAUUUAGUGUUGCCUUGGCCUACAACUUCUGCGCAACUACAAGCCAAUGGUGGAAAGAUUCUAGAAAUUAAAAAAGAAAAUCCCAUGAAAAUAUGGCCAUUUUCAGAAUUGUACGAAGCAGGUCAGAAGAAGCUGGAGGAAUCAUUGCAAUUUGUAAAUAAAUCAUUUGCAGCUCUAAUGCGAUCAGUAAAUGAAAUUAGAGAACAAGAUUUUGAAAGUUCAUCUGAAGAUGUGCCAAGAGUUAUGAUACCACCGGUGACCCCACACACGAAGAAAACGAAAAGAACAAGAGCAAGGAGGGGUCAACCUAGAGUUGAUAAAAGGAGCACUAGUUCAUCUUGGAUGAAGCUAUCUGAUAAUAAUGCUGAAGAUAUUGGACAAUCUGAAAUAUUGCCUGAUAAAGCUGUUGCAAAAAAGAGCAAGAAAGUUAAAAUUACGAGAUCUUCAAGGAUGAAAUCAUCAGAUGCUAAUUGUAAUGAAAUUUUUGUUGAAGGAGAUCAAAAAUUGAUGUCUGUCAAAACAAGGAAAAAAAAGAAUGUUAAAAUGAAGAUUAUUGAGUCUGAAACAACGACACCAAACAUAAAACUGAGCAUGCAGAAAAAUGAUGUCGAAGGUGACUGGAAUAGUAAUAUGAAUAUGUUAGAACCUCAUUCUAAGUCUCCAGAUAAUGAACUUCAAGAAUCAAAGGCAUCACAGGAAAAUCCAAAACCGGUCUCACCCAACUUUGAAAAAGACAAAACCUCUGAAGCAGUGGAUCAAACCAUUCAGCAGAAUAUUAUUCCUGCUUCUCCUGAACCCACAACAAAAAAAGAAAUUGAUACCGAGCAGAAAGUAUUAACCUCUCCUGAAUUCAUGGAAGUAGAGAAUGAAAUUCCGGGCAUCAAGCAACUAAUAUCUCUGCAUGAGACAUUGAUUGAAAGUCAUCAGAAGUCUGCACUUGCUCCACUGAGUUCAAGAAAAGUUUCAGAAGAUCAAAAUGAUACUGACAAAAACACUGCAUCACCAGAUUUUAAGCAGGAUGAAAAGGAACUUAAUGAUGUAAAGAAAAGCAGGUCUAUGGAAGAACAAAUUUUCUCAUGCAAAAAAAAGAAUCCUGUUAUUAACAUCGCCAAGUUGAGAAUGCCAGAAUUAUCUCUCAAUACGAUUCAAGGUUCUCCUCAAGUUCCAUUAACAUUAACCUUUGAUGCAUCUGAUGAAGAGGAUAUUGCAGAUAGUAUUGAAGAGAUGACAGAAGGUGAACCUGAGCAACGGAAAUCGAAAAGACAACAAAACAUUGUUUCUGACACAAUAAAAGGUACUCCAGUUGGAACAGUUUCUUCAGAUGCGUUAUGUAUUCCAAGAAGAAGUCUUGAUUUUAAUCUGCGUUUGUCUGAUUCAGCUUCAGAUAUGGAAACAUCCAUCCAUGAAGCUGCUAUUGCAACUGGUGAUAUGAAUUUUGAUGAACAAGAACCCUCAACUGUUUCUCUAGGAUUGGAACAAGACUCAAAGCAUGAGAACCAAGGACGAAUGCUAGAGAUCACAAGUACAACAACAUCACAAUCAGUAUCACUCUGUUCAUCAUCUGCUAAUACUGUUGUAUUAGAUAGUGAAGAUCAGUCGAGUAUGUCUCAAGAGAGUUGUUCAUCAGAGACUGAAGAACAAGAGAAAACUCCACCACGUAGGAGUACCAGGGCUAGCAAAAGGCCAAGUCUACUUACUGGAUUAGCUUCAAAACGCUUAUCCACACCUGCAAAAUUGGCAGCAAAACGAAUUGCUGCUAAUAAGAAGGCGUAUGAGAACAGUCUGUCAGUCCCAAACACAGUAGACACUGAAGAUUCCAGUGAUGAAAGUUCAGAAUCUAAGAGGCCGAAAAUAACGAAACCUGUACCAGUCUUUAGAAAAAAAUUGGCUAUUCCAAGCAGAUUGCCAAUGAGCACUUCAUCCCAGCGUGUUAUGCCAAGGACAAAGCGUAAUCUUACAGAUGUAGAAAGCGGUGGUCUAUUAUCCCCAUCUCAACCAAGGUUAAAGUACAUGAAAUGUGCUAGUCCAUUAUGUCACGAUAAAACAAAGUCAAAGAAACUGCCUAUACAGAAAUCUCGUAAUACGAUUUUGAAUAGAUCUACGGCAUCAAGUCGUGCCAGGCGAACGCCGGGGCCACUAACUCCCUCACGUACUCGUGGAUUUGCCUUCGCUACUAUAUCUGGGCCAAAUAUUUGUUUCACGAGUCCUUCCAGACCAGUGAACUUAACAGCAGAUGUUCAGUCAUUUAUAAAGCGAAAUACCCCACAGAAAGUUGACUAUGAGGAGCAGCUUGCGGAGAAGAAACAGCAGCUGGAAGAAAAACAAAGAAGAGAACGGGAAUUGAAGAAAAAGAAAGAAGAAGAGAAACAGAGAAAGAUCGAAGAGAAAAAAAGGAAACGAAGCAUGCGACUUCGUGAAGCUGCUGAAAAAAGAGAACAACGUCUGCGGGAAGAGAAGGAAAAACAACUGAAACAAGUUGAACAAUGGGAGAAAAGAAUUGCUGAUGCAGACAAAACGAAAGUUCUUCGCAAAAAAGAAGAAACAGCAAAAGUUAAGAAGAUAAAAAAGAAGCAAGUUGAGGCAGAAGAACAGAGACGUAGAGAAGAAGAGGAAAGGAUACGAAAGAUUAAACAACAGGAACAGGAAAAAGAACAACGAUUGCAGGAGCAUAAAUUUUUGAAAGAACAAGAAGCUGCCAUGAAAAGGCAAGCUGAACAAAAAAAAAUAUUGGAAAAACAAAAAAUGGAUAAACUGAAGGAGGAAAAAGAAAUUGCGGAACAAUUGAGGAAAGAAGAAGAAGAAACAAUGAAGAGAGAAGAAGAAGAAAAAUCGAAACGUAUGAAAGCAGAAGCUGCCAAUAAACUCAGAUUACAGAAAUUGGAAAAAGAAGCUGAAAAGAAGAGAAAAAUACAGGAGGAAAUUGACAAGAAAAAUGCAGAAACUGCACGUAUUGAACAAGAACGAAUUGAAAAGGAAAAGGAAGCUCAACUUAAACUCAAAGAGGAAGCUCUUAGGCGACAGGAGGAAGCCAUAAGAAGAAAAGAAAAGGAGGAAGCAAGAAAAAGAAAACAGCAAGAGGCAAAGGCCUUGGCAGAAGAAAAAGCUUUGAGAAAGAAAGAAGAAGAAAUUGCUCGAGCUGAGGAAUUGAGACGUCGAAGAGAAGAAAUGAGAAAAGAAGAUGAAAUGAAAAGAGAGGAGGAGAGAUUGCGAAGAGAACAAGAGAAAAAGAAACUUGAUGAUGAAAAACGGAGGAAAAAAGAAAUUGCAGAGAAAGAGAAAUUAAGAAAAAUUCAGGAAUCAAAUGAAAGGUUGAAAAAGUUAGAAGAAGAACAUAAACGGGAAAAAGAUAAAUUGAAGGCAAUGAAUCCUGCAACAUUCAAUCAAAGUUUACAUCAUACUCCUGGCCCUAGUAAUCACAACUCCACGUAUACAUUAGAUGAGAAUGCAGCCCCCAUUGGUCCCAUAUUCAACAACACGAUGGAUGUGGGUGCAGGUCCUAGUAGGCUCAACUCUACUUACACAUCGGAGAAUGCAGUCCCCAGUGGUGCCGUAUAUAACGAAACGAUGAACGAGAGUGCAGGUCCUAGUGGUCACAACUCUACUUACACAUUGGAGAAGAACACAUCUCAUCUGCAUGAAUCCCCGCAGUCAUAUGACAUGACUCCGAAUCGCAAGGGCAAAGUUUUUGCUCCAUCUACAGAAGAGAAUUAUAACAUAGAUGAUAUUGCAAGUGAUGAUAGUACUGAUGAUGAUGAAAAUCCAAGAAAAGUAGUACCAAGAUGGUCAAAAGGACCCAUGCUUCGUUCCCAGAUCAUUAAGCAAUAUUAUAAUCCGCCCGAUCUGAAAAUUACAUUUCGCAAUGCUCUUGAAGAGAUGAAAUUGGAAAAAAUAUUCGGAGGAUCAAAAUCUCGGUAUUUCAAACGAACCAGCUCAGCACAUUGGGACUCACCUAUCAUGCCUCCGGGUCACAUAAGCUUCACAGAUCAAUGUCGGGGCUUUGAUGAUUUGGAUGAUUGAAAAGGAUAUACUUUGAGUUGAUAUGGCGGAUUCCAUCUUGUAUUAAUAUAUAUUUGGAAUGGUCCAAGUAUUUUAUUAUCUUGAGAAAAUCCAUCAGGAUUUCAAUUUAGUUGAAUUUACCUUUUAUGAAGAUGCAUCUAUAGCUUUUCUAUCAGCACACCAUUUAUUCUUUGUCCCUUCACUGCCUUCUUAUUAUUUCUGAUUGCUCUUUCAUAAUAACUUAUAACAUGUUCUGUUUUGCUUUUCAAAUUCUUUUUUGUAAGAGAAAGGUGGUCUAUAUUCAGUCAAUGAUGUUUACAUUCCUCCUGCUUCUGGUAUGCUAUUCUUUGGUGUUACUUGGUUGAAAAUUGUGCAUCACCUACAUAAUUAUACCUAUUUAAUAGCUUCCAUUACAUGAGGCAGUGAAAUGAAAAGCUUUACUUUAAAUGUGUAUAACUAUUUUGUAUUGUUUUUUUUUAUAAUUUAUUUUCGUUAUAAAUUAGGAUAAGCAUAUGUUGAGUAUCUGCCUUGCCUCUCAAAAGUGAUUGAUCCCAUACUGCGAAAAUUAAUUGUCGUAUGUGUGGUGCUUUCUGUUGCAAAUUUGCAUAUUCAAGUCGUCUUUCUUGAUUUUAUGAGUGCGCUUUUAUUGUGCGUCUUUCUUGAUUUUAUGAGUGCGCUUUUAUUGUGCGUUUUGUGGUCAUUUUUUUGGUGCAGUUAACCCAUACAUGUAAAUCAGGACAAGUACAAUUUGCUUCUUGGUAUUGCUAAAACAUGUAGAAUAAAAUUGAUGGACAUUCUUUCCAAGAUAAUCUGUUUUGAUGUAAAUUGUUCAUUAGGUUUUGAACAUUGUCUGAAGGUUUCGGGUAAUGUAAAUUCUUUCACGGUUUGCUGUUAUACAAAUAUACGCCACCAUUGAAA